AUGGCGCAAGCGAUCAUCGCCCAAUGUGCGAAGGUCGACAAAGCAGGCACCGGGACCGUGAAGCAUGACUUGCUCGCGAAGGCUCUGAAAGCAGCCCUGCCCGAUGCAUGGCACGACGAUGAGAUUGAGUCGCUCAUGCAUCCCUGGGGAGAUCUUGUGGAAUACAAGGACUUCGUUGGAUGGCUCUUUCGCGAUCGUUCACCCGUCCAUGCGCUGCGGAGACGAAGCUCUUUCAAGGUUGCCAUCUUCUCUUGUGCUCCGUACGACCGCGAGUGGUUCGACAGAACCAAUCAGGAGCUAGGCUGCAACUUCGACUUCGAAUAUCACUCUGAGCAGCUCAACAUAGACACGGUGUCCCGUGCCAGGGGCUGCUCGGCGGUGUGCACCUUUGUGAACGACUUCGCAGGGGAAGAUGUGGUCAAGGCAUUGGCGCAGGAGGGAGUGAAGCUCAUUGCUUUGCGCUGCGCUGGCUUCGACCGCGUGGACCUCCAAGCGGCGAAGGAAGCCGGCGUCACAGUGGCUCGGGUGCCGGCCUACAGCCCCUAUGCUGUUGGGGAGCACGCUGUGGCGCUGAUGCUGUCGCUGAACCGACGCAUCCCCAACUCCUAUCGCAACAGCCGGCUUGGCAACUUCAAGCUGGAUGGGCAGCUGGGCUGCGACAUGCACCGAAAGCGCGUCGGCAUCAUCGGAACCGGCUUGAUUGGGACCAUCGCUGCGACGGUCUUGAAGAAGGGCUUCGAGUGCGAUGUGGUCGCCUACGACGUCUUCCCGAAUCCGAAAAUCAGUGACCCUGCGCCGGACGGUCUGGGAAUUCCCUACCUCGACCUGGAUACGGUCCUUUCCACCUGCGAUUUCAUUUCCCUUCACGCACCCCUGUUGCCGUCCACGAAGCACAUGAUCAAUGCGGAGAAGCUGAAGAUCAUGAAGAAAGGCAUCAUGAUCGUGAACACCUCCCGCGGCGGACUCAUCGACACGGCCGCACUCAUCCAGGGUCUGAAGGAUGGCACCAUCGCGGGAGCUGCAAUGGACGUCGUCGAAGGAGAGGCUCCCUACUUCUUCAGGGAUUUCUCGACCAGCUGCAUCACGGACGACAACAUAGCAACGCUGGUUCGUAUGCCCAACGUAAUCCUGACCCCGCAUUUGGCGUUCUUCACCAAGGAGGCGCUGAAGACCAUCUCCGACACCACCCUGAAGAGCAUGCAGGGUGUUCGGGAGGGCACGGGGCCGCCGAAGCAGAAUGGAGUGCUGGACACUGUCUGUCUUCCACCAGAGGCGCCCAAGGACAACGCCAAAGGUGGGUACGCGGCAACCCGUCAUCAAGAGCGGAGCCAGCGAAUGGCCUUCAUGAAGGAGCUUCCGGCACCUGGUCCAGAGCUCAAGGAGAAAGACCUGCCGGCCUUGGAGAACGCACACUCGCGCCCCUUUCGCGUGGCUUUCUACUCCGCAAUGCCACACGACAAGGAGGUUUACGAGAAGAUGAGCGAGGAGUUUGAUGCGAACAUUACUUUCCAGUUCUUCAAGGCCGCCCUGUGCCCUGAGACAGUCGAGCAGGCGAAGGGCGCCGAUGCGGUUUGCGUCUUCGUCCAUGACGACUGUUCUGCCGAGAUCCUGGCCACACUGAAGGAGUUUGGGGUCAAGAUGGUCGCACUGCGAUGUGGCGGAUUCAACAACGUGGACGUGGAGACGGCAGACGAGCUGGGCCUCUCUAUCGCAAGGGUCCCUGCGUACUCGGCCUUCGGCUCCGGCGAGCAUGCCGUGGCCCUGGCUACAUCGGUGAACCGCAGCAUCCCGCAGGCCACAGAGGGCACCCGGCGCUCGAACUUCACCCUGAACGGCCUCCUCGGCUUUGACAUGGUGGGCAAGAAGGUCGGCAUCAUCGGCACCGGACGCACAGGGUGUGUGGCCGCUCGAAUCUUCAAGAAUGGUUACCGGUGCGACGUCAUUGCGCAUGACAUCGAAGAGAACGAGCUGGUUCGUGACGCGCCGCCGGCUGGCCUCGGCAUUCCCUAUGUGUCCUUGGACGAGCUACUCCGAGCGAGCGACAUCAUCUGCUUGCACGUGCCGCUGUUGCGCGAGACAGCCAAGCUUAUCAAUGCCGACGCCAUUGCCAAGAUGAAGCGAGGUGUGAUUCUGGUGAACGUCUCUCGCGGUGGGCUGAUUGACACGAGAGCUCUCAUCGACGGCCUCCGACAAGGCAUCAUUGGCGGAGCUGGCCUGGAUGUAGUGGCUGAGGAAGGCGAGUACUUUCACCGGGAUUGGAGCAAUAAAGUCAUGCAGAGCGACGAUCUGAUGACGCUCAUCGGCUUCAACAACGUGGUGGUCACGUCGCACCAGGCCUGGUUCACGAAGGAAGCCUUGCGGAGCAUCAUCCACACCACGCUCUGCAACCUCAACGCUGCGAGGAAUGGUGUGCGGCCACCAUGGCAGCGUGGGAAGUAUGAUACGUUGGUGCACCGGCUGUCCUACGCACAGCUGCAUUUGGGUGCCUCGAACGUCCUGUGUGACGUUGGCGACAGCGCUCUCGUGCAGCCUUUUUGCGAUCCCUGGGCUAACAAAUGUGGCGAGACCGCAGCUGGCACCUCCAACUGUCACAGCUCAGGAGAUCAGGAGAUUCUUCUAAUUUGUUUGGCAUGCCCUGGAUCUUGGCUGUACAGCGCCACUGUCCGUCCGUCCGGAGUCCUCGCGGCUGCCGUGCUCUGGUCCCUUACCGCCGGGGUACACCUGGAGGAGGGUCGGGCGAGCCUCAAACCGUGGAUACGGCGCGAACACGAGGAGGCGGCGUUGGAGCUGGAUGCUCAUGGAGAUGCGCAGCAAGCACCAAAGGCUGUUUUCGGUGAACCCAAGGUGUCGCCGACCAUUGCAAAGGCCAUCCUCUCUGCCGAAGCGCACCAAGUGGACACCUGGACGAACCUCCAGUCGGCAUUGCAAUCGCAACAGGCCUCAGCCAGCACCGCCUCGUCGCUGCUUCUUAUUGCAGAAUUCACUUUCUUCUUGAUGAUGUUGUACCUGCUCAAUAGCCAAGAUGUAAAUGUCAAACGGCUGGCAUGGUCCACUCUCCAGUCGGCGGUGGCCAUUUUCAUCAGCAUGCUUCUUUUCAUGUCAACCAAGUCGGCCUGGAUUCUGAUCGCCGGAGCGAGCUACGGCGGUGCUGCCGGGGUGGCACUGACCUGGACCCGCUAUGUGGUGGUUUGGAUCGUAGGGCCGGUGGUGUUGCUUCGCAGAGGUGUGGACGACGAGUCCCGCGAGGCGUGGUGCUCUGUUGUCUCCUGGUUCACGGCCUUCUGCGCCGCAGAUGCUUUCGGCGAGCUGUUGAUGCUUGAUCCCUUCAAGUCCUCGGCGGGCGCCAACUUCGGCGGUGUGGUGCUCUGCACCUUCAUCAUUUGGCUGCAGUGCUUCGGGGCAUGCUGGGCCCGCCAUUUCGUGGUCUUGGCGGCUUCGGAGGAGGCGUCGGAUGGCCCCUCACCGCGGGAGCAAAAGCAAAAGUGGGCAGAUGCGUGGCAAGUGGCCGAGACGACAUACGCAGGCUAUGUCAUGGGCCUGGCUUUGUCGAUGUGGGUGCGGUACGUGAUCUCAGGGCUGCCCAGCCAGACAUAUGGACGGGCCACAGGAUAUUCCGGGUCGGAAACCGGAUGGCUGUUUCUUUGGACGAUGCUGUCUGUCUUCUUUGGCUUCAUCAUCAUCGGCGUGGUCCACCGCUUCGGGGCGGCAGACAGGAGCUGGACUGCCCGGCGGUUCUCUCAGAUGACCACGUCAAUCAUGGCCAUGUUCUGCGCCUGGAUGGCGCUGUUUAGUUUGGAGUGGCAGUUCCUUUUCUACACGGCGCAGAGCGGCUUCGGCGGGCAGUCCGCGGAUAUCAACUCCGCCAUUCUCCUCGCCAUCUUCUCCUCAGUCUUCAUGUUCUUCGUGAUGCGCGUGAUCGACUUUAUCGCCGACAAAUCAGGCAGCGCUGCGAUACGCUCCACAUCAAUCUUCUGCGAGCUGCUGAUCGGACUGACCUGGCAGCGCGUUUUCUUCCUCGCCAUCCAGUUCUCUGGUCGCCAGUACCAGCAGUCCGAGCGCUACAUUGACGUAAUGUGGAUGUGGGGCACUGCCGCAAUCUCCGGCCCGGCCUGGUUCCACUUCAUCCUCCCUCGGUUCCUCCAGGCUCGCAAGGACGAGGAGGCGGCGGAGGGCUCAGCAACGGAGGCAGCCAGCGACGCCAAGGAGGCACCCGCCCCGGCUGCCUCCCCGGCACCAGCUGCAGCACCGGCGCCGGCACCUGCCAAAGAGGCGGAGGACGAGGAGUUCUAA